AUGUCUCCAGCAGGCUCCUGCAUGCGCCUGUUCAGCACCAUGCCCAUCUCUUACUGCAACAUGGGCACCUGUGACAAUGCCAGCCGCAACAACAAGUCCUACUGGCUUUCCACUAUGGCAGCUGUGGCCAUGAUGCCUGUGGCUGGCGAAGAGAUAAAGGAGCACAUCAGCUGCUGUGUGGUGUGUGAAGUGACCUCCCUGGCUGUAGCUAUAGACAGUCAGGACACCAGCACGCCCCAGUGCUCCCCCAAAUGGAGGAGUCUGUGGAUGGGGUACUCUUUCUGUAUGCACACAGGCGCUGGUGAUGAGGGGGGUGGGCAGUCUCUGACAUCAUCAGGAUGCUGCCUCCGAGACUUUCGUGCCCAGCCUUUUGUGGAGUGCCAGGGACCGCGUGGCACGUGCCAUUACUUUGCCAAAGUCUGA